AUGAUCGAAGGGCGUGAUAAUCAGAUUCGUACACUUCAAGCAGACCUGGAGAGGCUUCGGCAUAGCAUUCAUCGUCGCGAAUCACUGGGCGACGAAGAUGAUGAGGAUGCAGUGUUCCUCGAAGGUACUACACGUAUUACGCGCAUGAAAGACGAAAUUGAGCAACUGAGAAAAGAAGUGGCGCACUGGAAACGCCUGGUCAACGAGGGAUCAAAACAAAACCCUUCACAGAAGAUAUCAGAACUGGAAUGUGCUAUGGCUGAACAGAAAAGAAAAUUUGAAAAUGAAAUUGCGGCAUUGAUUGCUGCACACCAUGAGAACAUUGCUCAGCUGGAAUCGCAGCGUCUCCCGAAAAAUACCGAAAGCAGUGAAAAUAUGGCCACCGCAAUUGAGAUGACUUCCUUCGAGAAUGAAGAAGGAUCAGCCGCUUGGCCAAGUAGCACCGGGGAAGAAUCGACCGAUGCCAUCGAGCGUGCUGACGAGAAUGUCUCUGAAAGCGAUCAUUUGAAGGAGCAACUGAGACUUCUAACAGAAGAACGAGACAGUUUGAGGUUGAAGGUUAAAUCAGCGCAGGAAGAGAAUGCAGCUCAGGCAGAUCACGUCGAUAAGCUGACAUUUCAGGCAGUUGACAAGGUAUUAAGUGCACGCUUAAAGGAAAUGGAGCAGCAGUGUGAAUUUCUGCAGGAACAGCUCGAAGCCACCACUGAACAAUUAAACAACAAAGAGUGCGUCAAAUUAUAA